CACCAUGAUGAGAGGACUGGCUCUUUUGGUUCUUCUAACAACACUGUACCCGAUUGAAGCUGCAGAGGUUCCUGGACAGGUCUCUUUGACUGUGGCUGAACUUGGUGGAAAUGUUACGUUUCAGUGUCCAGUUUCUGAGAAGGGAGAGAGUUUUUUUUAUUGGUACAAGCAGCCUCUUGGAUGUACGAUCCAAACUGUUGUUACAGGAACUUAUUCUCAUCACACAAUGAGUCCACAAUUUAACAACCAACGUUUCAGAGUCACAGCAGGAGAGAAUUCUUUGACCAUCAUGAAUAUCAGCAAAGAGGACGAAGCAACAUACUUCUGUUUCACUGGAUCAUCGUAUUCUCCACGUUUUGGUGAUGGCACCUUCUUGGCUGUGAAAGAUGGAGGUCUGCAGAAAUCCUUCUACGUGGAACAAAGUCCGGAGGCUGAGUCCGUCCUGCCGGGCGACUCGGUGACCCUCCAGUGUUCUCUGGUCUCCAGGGACAAAGACGACGGGGUCCAGUGUCCACAUGGACGCAGCGUGUUCUGGUUCAGAUCUGGAUCAGGAGGAUCCCAUCCAGGCUUCAUUUACACUCAGGAUACACAACCGGGGAACACAAGUUGUGUCUACCGUCUGUCCAAAAGGAUCCAGAGCUCCUCUGAUGCUGGGACUUACCACUGUGCCGUGGCCUCAUGUGGAGAGAUCCUGUUUGGUGGAGGAACCAGAGUGGACACAAGUGUCAAACUGGAAAUGCUUGUCAUAGUUCUUGGUGUCAUGUUGGCUUGCUGUGUGACUGUGAUCAUCCUCCUUAUUUUCUACAUGAAUCAAAGGAGAGUUAAAGAAGCAACAAGUGUCGCCUGUAAUCCUGCACAAACCCAGUGGACAGCAGAUCAAUCAGCUAAUCAGGACAGAGACGGAGAAGUCAGUAAUUAUGCGGCACUGAAUCUUUCGACAAGACAAGUGAAUAGAGUGAAGAAAAGAGAGCCUUCACAGGACUGUGUGUACUCCGCUGUGCGAGUGAACCACAACACACAAUUCCACCUGUAGAGCAGCGAGGCUUCUCAAUGGACGGACUUUACUCAGUUUUGAGUCAUUCUAAUUUACUACUUUUAUUGUCGUAGAUUGUCACAGUUUGGUCUCUCUUCCUGUUUUAGUUUGAAGUUUCAUGUUCCUUGUGGUCCUGGGUUAACUUCACUUCCUGCCUUGUCCUGUGAUUGCCUGAUUGAUUCCACCUGUGUCCAAUCACUUGCACCUCCUUUGUGUAUUUAAGCCCUGUGUGCCAGUUGUCCUUGGUCGCGUUAUUGUCUAUGUCAGUUGCUGUUGGUGCACGUUCUGCUGUUUGGUGAGUCUUUGGGUUUGAUCUAGA